GGCUCUCGACACGACACGAAACGGAAGCCAACGUUGUUACUUAUUGGCAGGUCGCUAACGAGUGUAUUCAUUCAUGAGUAUGCGGGCCGUGGUGCUGGCCUGAUACACUUAACACGGUUAACACCAUACUCAGUCGACGAAUACUUACGGCGCCAAUGUGAUCAGCAAUGUGCGAGCCGAUAGUUACUGCUAGUGGUCCUGCUGUUGCUGAUCAAGACGGCUUUAAGGGACGGCUACAUACAACGUACACCAAACAAGUGUAACUGCUUUUGGCCUGCUACUACUAACAAUAAUAACUUGGCUAGCGAGUGACACACAGAGUUGUGCAAAUUUAUGGUGUAGUUGUCGAACAUACCGCGUCGAUCGUCGGCCGACGAGCGCCUUGGUGCGAUGCAGCGUUUCCAGGCCACAAAAUGAAACCACAGACGGCCAAUAGUGGCGGUGGAGGGGUCUUGGCAGGUGCCGGAUCCUCCGUCAAAAAGGAGAAGGUUGUCCCGCAAGCCACAGCCGAACAGUUACGUAUUGCAGAAAUCACUAAUGUGACCAGCGAACAGGAUAGCGCUGAAUUGCACAGGAAGAUCAAGAACAUUGUGGAGUUUACAGGCCGUUCGCAGGAUGAGGCCGCUAUGGCGCUGCAUGACUGCGACGGUGACGAAGAGGAGGCAAUCAACUACCUGUUAGAGGCUACCCCGAAAGGCACUGGCUGGGAGACAUCUGGCGCAAAGAAAAAGAAAGAGAAGACCGUCGAUCGUCGGGAGGACAAUCGUCGGCCCCGAGGUGAGAGUCGAGACGGGCCUGGUCGUGGCCGAGGUCGAGCUCAGAGGGGUGGUGGUGGCGUUUAUUACGAAAACGCUGCAGGCGGUCCUGGGGGUGGCCGAGGACGGGUGCGAGUUUCUGGCCGCGGAGGUCCCGGUCAGCGCGAAGGCCGAUCUGGCGGUGGUCCGAAGGGCACUCCACGCGGAUCCGAUGACCCGGAUCAGAAUCAAGCCGGGUGGCGGGACACUAACGGUGCAUCGAACAACAACAUCAUCAACAGUGCAGUCAGUAAUAACAGUAGUGCUGGCGACUGGGACGGAUCGACGUGGGUCGACCCGGCCAACUCGGUCGGCAGUAAAGCUGGUGGUGCCCAGAGUUCGCCCGGCCAGAACGCUAACGCACCUCUCACAGGCCAGCAAUCAGCAGAAGAAUUGGCUGCAGGACAACAGAACGACACAAUUGGCAAUAUGGGCAAUUGGGACGACUUCAAGGCCGAUGAGAAGAACGCGAACGAAUGGAGCGGGGGUAGAAAAGAUCGAAAUACUGGCGGAAAUAAAUCCGAAUGGGUAGACUCUGUUAAUGAUCGGAACAGUGACUGGAAAACGAGACAACGACAGCAGGUUGGUGGAAGUGGGCAACAGGCACGAAACGGGUCUCAGGGACAAGCUGGGACGACACCACCUCUUCUUCAACAAGCGGUACCUUCCGCUACAGCUUCGCAAGUUCAGCCCAUUGUUACUGGCGGUCACGAACAAACUGGCAUUUCCGUGAGCGUGCACCACGCCGCUCAUUGCCAUGGUGGUUUCGAGUCGAAACCGGCUCAGCAGCAUCAACAGCAGCAGAAGAUUGGAACACAGCGGGUAGCGACGCGGUUGGUUGGCCCACAAUGUGGCUCAGGUCGCACGAAGGUUCGACUUCCUCCAGCGUCGAAAAUUCCGCAGACGCCCGUCGAAAUGCCUCCCGAUCAUCAUGACAUGCACGGCAAUACGUUAGAUGUCCAGUUCGGUGCCCUUUCAUUUGGCGGCAAUAGUUACGACUCUAUCACGAUUUCCCAAAGUCAACCCCAGCCAAACGCAGUCGAACAACAACAACAACAACAACAACAACAACAACAACAACAGCAGCAGCAGCAGCAGCAACAGCAACAUAAUGGUGCAACGGCUUUGAAUUCGGCGGGCGCAACUAUUCUUGCAGCGGCGCAACCACAACAGGGCCCACAGCCAACACAGCAAAGUCAGCCAGCGGUCACGAAUGCUGCGCACGUCGCUACUCACCAGCAGCAGCAGCAGCAGCAGCAGCAGCAGCAACAGCAGCAGGCACAAAGUCAACAGCAAACAAACCUUAAGACAUCACAACAAGCAAGCAGCAAUGCAGAUAAUAGUCUUCAAGCAGGCGGCAGCUUGAAAGCGGCGCUAGCUGCUGGUGCUCAAGUUAGCAGUAGUGGCGGUGGCCAGGUAGGAGGUCAAACACAAGGCUCGAUGACGGUACCACCCGGAUUAGACAAAACUUCCGCGAACUCGGUCAGUUCGGCCCAAACGCAUAAAACAAGCUCGGCAAUAAGUUCGUCUGCCGGUCAGACGAGUCAGCAGGCUGGGUCAGGCGUUAGCUCACAGUUCCAUAAUUCACAUGCUCCGCAGAGCAAUCAGGCUCAACAAGCAAAUCAGCAGGCAGUAAGCAACACGAAUAACUACCAACAGUACUCAAACAAUGCGUAUAAACAGCAGACGCAGACGGCCGGCAUGACGUACCUACAAAAUCUAACGACAAACAUGUAUAAUCCAGGCCACAAUAGCACUCCAUACGGGCAACAGGCAACGCAAUACGGUAGUCCCAACUACGCCACGUCUUUUGCAGGCUCAACCGUGACGAAUGCGGGCUACAAGGGUGGCAAGGACAGUGGAGCAGUGGCAUCCGGCUCGGUGGGUGCCGUAUCCGAUGCGGUCAAUUCGACCGGUACGUCGAGCUCUUCACAGUAUGACGGCGGGAAAAAGUCAGCAGCUAGCCAACUCCAACAGAAUGCUGCAAGCGCUGGACAAGCCAUGACGCCUGGCGGAUUGGUGCUACAGACUAGUCAACUGCAUGGUCCCCAUAUGCACGGGCCGUACAUGCACGCCGGCCACCCUGGCGCUAUGCAGCCAACUUUGUAUUCCUACUACCCACAUCCUAGCCAGCUUCCACCGCCAACGGGCUCAAGUGCACAUCUAGCUGCGGCCGACUAUUCGCAGCGGGACAACUCUAAUUCGUCGGCGAACGCCGGAACCAUGACCGCUAGCUCGAUACUCCAACAACACGGCUAUGACAAGUUCGUGCGAUCUCAGGACGAUUCGAGUUCGGCAGCAGCCUCACAGGGUUCGUCGACGGCCGGCAGCCAAUCGACAAUUACGGCCACAGCGGCAUAUCCUCAUAUCGCCCCCUACAACAUCUACUACGGUGGACCAGUUGUUCCGGCACCGUUCCCUCACAUGGCGCCGUUUAUGUCCGCGCAGGGCGCUGGCUAUCCGGCGACGGGUACAGCUAGCACCGCGUCGCAGGCGUCGAAGAACAGCACCGCUUAUGGCAACUCCCAGAGCGCGUUCGACUAUCCGAUGGGCAAUCAUAUGUCAGGGCCAGGAGGCGACUACAACAAAUAUCAAUCAACAAAGAUGAUGUCCAACACCAAUAAGUACAUGUCCACAACGGCCGCCAGCGACCGGCGCUAGCUCCACGAGCCGCUUGAUUGUUCUACUGCUAUUACUACUUCGACUAUAGUGGCGUGCUAGCUUCAGCUGGCGUGCGCAUAGCAGCGAAGGGAUAGAACAUGCGAACUACUACUAAAACAGCAACUGCAACAAGAUAUAGGAGAAAAAGCUGAAUCCGAGAACAGACCUAUAGACGGAUGGACGGGAACUAGAAAUAAACCGAAACGUGACACAGGGAACAACAGAAACAGCAAAAGCAAAAACGUACGUGAAAAACGAGAGAUAGAUAGGUAAAUGCAAGAAAUAAAACUAUUAACUAUUAUAUGUUAAAAACAAGAUGGUGAUGAUGAUGGCGGUCGUGGAAAAUCUAAGAAGACGGAGUAGACUUACACAAAGCAACAGCAGGCCUAGCAAAAACGACGACAACAACAGCAGCUACAAAAUCAGCAGCGGAUAUGAACAGCAAAAAAAUCACCUCGACGCCACAGAAGGCGCUACGAAUUAAUUUGGCUGUACGACGCUACUGCAUGUCGGUGGUGAUAAUCGUUUUGCAUCAUUGAUUGACCCAACGGAUCGCGUGCGCGACGCUAUCGCAUACCAGCAGCAUAUAUUAAUGCCAACCAGUGACCGUCUCUUCUUUUUCCUAGAUUUACUAUUAACAAGAACACAAGAUCAACAUCAGAUUCCUGUUAGCGCCGUGACGUCAGUGUGCGAUAUGAUGUGUUACUAAUCUCGAUGCUUGUAUCGGUCGCCGACGUCCUCUCUGAUGCCGCCAAUACUGUUCAAUGCCAUUGGGUUACACCGCAAAUUCUACAGUAGUUCCCUCUCUUAGGUUACGUAACGCACGUGGCACAGAUGUAUUGGCAGGCGGGGAUCCCUGCAGUGGCUGAAUGACGAAAAAUCCGAUCAGAUCGCCGCUACAACUCAUUGAGCGUGCUAUGUCGUUUUGGAUAUGUAUCAAGGAUCUUUUGGGUACUAGCCGAUGACGACAACGAAGUGUACAAUAAAAGAUGCCUAGCCGAAAUCAUUUUACUACUGCUAGUGCCAUGCCAGCGCAACACCGAUGAUCAACCAGCCGUGCUCUGCUCCCAUUGCGGCGUAGUAUGCGAUUGCCAUUUACACGUAGGUGGGCCGAUGGUGGCGGCGACUCUAUAGUGCGUAUUUACUUCCACCAGCUGCCGCAGCAACAACGAAAACGACUAACAGCUACAGCAACAGAGUUGUAGGCAUUGAACGAAUUCACUGCGCGCAAAAACCAAGAACGCAAUUCCUCUUCAUUCUUACUACAACAGUACCAUCACUAAUACGGCUGGCAGAACUGCCGGUCGAUCCGUAGAUAUCCAUGUUCAUAAUGAACGAAAAGAUAAGAAUGACAUCAAGGAGUGACAACUCAUUUAUAUACGAUAAGGUAGAGAUAAUGAGAAAUAAUAUAAACAUAUAUACUCAUAUAUGUUCUUGUAGUAACACACUACUCGAUACGCUCUCUUGUGAUUCGGACCGGGAGAGGGUUACAUGUUGGACUAAAUGUUCCCUCGUGUGGGGUCGUACCCGGUUGAUUAUAUUGUAUUGCAUAGAAAAGAAUGUCUUCUUCGCACUUCUGCUAGGGAACACCGAUAAUCCAUUGGUUGACCUGGUUCGGCUGGGGGCAGCAAUGCUGAGUAGGCGGUAGUAGCAUGUGUCAUGUCAAAGCGUGAUGCGAUACUGGAGGAACGUGCGCUUGAUACAGAUGACAUUUCACAUCAUGAUGGUAAAUGAUUACGAUGCCGAGUACAGCUGCAGACCGCGAUGUGCAUCCAAGAGCACUCUAUGUAUGUGUUGUACAGGUGGAGCGCAGGGUGUUGUGCUAUGCUGAUAGAAAUACAUGUGAAGUAGUAAGACGAUGGGGGCUCGAAGUCGACGGGCUCUACAAGGAACUUGUAUUUGACUAAUACGAGCCCCCUGAACAUGAUUAAAAUGGUGACGGUAAACAAAUGCUAAUAGAUGUCUAGAUGUUAAAAACCGUCGGAAUGAAAAGAUAGUAAGGAUUAAAGUGAAUGAAGGCCGAAACUAACAGCAAACGAAAAAAAAAACAAGCGCUGAAUCACCAAGCCCCAAUAACGGCGCUGUACCGAUUUCUGAUGAUGAAACUGAUGAUCAUGCUGAUAAUUAUGUAAAAUGUGUGGCUGAUACGGAGCGCGGUACGAGUGGCUCAAUCAACAAAUGAUAAUGAGAAUAAUAACAAAUAAUAUUGAAAACAAGGAAACUACUACAGCUGGCAGCAACGAUCUUAGCUUGCGCACACAGCGGCGGUGGUGGCGGCGGCAGCAUCAAUGCGCAACGUAACAAUGCCUCAAGGGGUGGCAUGUAAUUGCACUCGGAGGCGAGAGACGGAUGUGUGGUAGUGACAGACAAGUAAAGUUUCUUUUUUUCGGUUUUGGUCGAACAGCGAAGAAGGUGGAGAUUCCGAAAUAUGAAAUAUACAUUCAUAUAGUUAUACAUGCUGAUGGUGAUGAUGGCUAUGCGAUCAUAACGAUUGUGAUGAGAAGCUCGAAAAGA